GAAAAUCCACAGCGUCGCAGUUCAAUGACGUCGUCACUUGGUGACGUGUCAGUUUGUUUACAGCGCUGCAGUUGCUGCACAGACAUGGCUGUGGAUAUAACUUUACUUUUCAAAGCCAGUGUCAAGACAGUAAAAACCAGGAACAAGGCGAUAGGAAUAGGCUUUGACUCUACCAAGGAUGAAAUUUUCAAGAGGAGCAGACCCAAGAGUGGCUUCUCUGCGAAGGCGAAAGAAGUGAUCACGAACAUCACCAAACUCAAAGACUUUCUGCUACAACACAGGAAAGAUUACGUGAGCGCCGGAAGUCUCAUCUCAUCAGAUCUUACCCGUAUGACGGACAAUGAACGAGACCAGAUUGACCAGGAUGCUCAGAUCUUCAUGAGGACCUGUUCUGAGGCCAUCAGGCAGCUACGCAAUGAAGCGGUGAAGCAAGUGUCAUCAGCCCAGAUAAAGGAGCACAGAGGGGCCGUGCUGGACCUCAUUGAAGUGUAUCUGAGAGGAGUGUGUAAGCUGUACUCUGAGCAGAGAGCAAUCAGAGUCAAGAGAAUGGUGGACAAGAAGAGGCUGUCAAGACUGGCCCCAGAGCACCACGGUAAGGUGGCGAAAACGCCGGUGGUGGAGCCAAUGGAGGAGAAGACUGUCAAGGAGGAAAGUUCUGAGAAGAGUGUGGCGGAGGUCGUGGGCAACCCUGUCAACCUGUGGGAGGAGGGCCGAGUGGAGGACGAGCUCUCUCCUGAGGAGAUCCAGAUGUUUGAGCAGGAGAACCAGAGGUUGGUGAGUGAGAUGAACAGCCUGGUGGAUGAAGUGAGGCAAAUCGAGGGCAAGGUUGUGGAGAUCUCCCGUCUGCAGGAGAUCUUUGCUGAGAAAGUCCUGCAACAAGAAACAGAGAUCGACGGCAUUCAUCAGCUGGUUGUGGGCGCCACAGAAAACGUCAAAGAAGGCAACGAGGAUAUACGAGAGGCCAUCAAAAACAAUGCUGGCUUCCGGGUAUGGAUCCUGUUCUUCCUGGUCAUGUGCUCUUUCUCUCUCCUCUUCCUGGACUGGUACGACAGCUAACACAGCGAGCCAGCAUGGACAAUAUACGACAGGAAACCGGCUGCCUUUGGCACAUAUCGGUUAUAUCUCAUAAAGACGAGUCAACACUGAGACUGAAUGUACAGUUUACCGUGCUGGACCUGCUGUACAAAGUGCUCUUCAUGAAGAUUCUGUGUUCAAGUGGAAAUGGCUAACUUUCUAUAUGUUUGUCCAGGGCAGCUUUAAUGUUUGAAAGCACUUCUCUGGAGGCGAGCUUUGUAUGCAGCACUGUGUCCACUUUAAGUGUGUGUAUGGCUGGACACUGUAUGUCUCUGCCACUAAGAGCAGUGAUGAUAGUUUGAUUGGCAGCCACUGUUCUUGUCUGACUGACUGAAAGAAAACAUUGAUUUAUGAUCUUCUGCAACUGACUUAAGGAGGCUUUUCAGUCUAUUUAAAUAUAUCUUACACUUGUGUACCUCAGUGACAUAUAAACUAUCCUUCACUGUUAAAUGCUGAUGAAUGUUUUGCUUUCCAGGCAAUGAGCAGCAGAACCAUUUAUUUGAUAUCUAUCACAGCAUGACUGUACUGGCACACCACUCACAUCCUAGUAAACCUAAGCAGUAGUCCUGAUUACAUUCUGGGUCUUCUUUCUUUACUUCAGGGUAUCAUUGUAUAACAGUUAAUACAUUUCAUAUUCAUGUCAACCUUCAGAUAACAUCAGGAGCAGCAGAAAGGCACGGCCUGCCCUGGUUCGUGUUAGCUAAAGAAAUAGAAAAAGAGCUGCUGACAGGAGACUUGAUUCACACAGCCUCCUGAUAUUUCUGCUAAUCUGUUUAUUAGGAUUAACCUAUAUCCUAGUUAAAGCAUUACAGCGCUCUGAAAAGUGUCUUUGAUCUUAACUCAAGGGAGCCAGAGCUGUAUUUAUGUUUUCUGCACUGAGGGAGUUUCAGCAUUACUGACAAGAUUUACACUUGAAAUAAUUCUUAUUCAUAUAUGCAAUCCACUUGGACGUUGGUGUGAAAUGUGGGCACUUUAUUUCAGUUUUUCAUUUAACAUUAUUAUGUAGCAAAUGCACUUCAAUGGUAAUCAUUACAUUGUUUGAAAAAGGUACAUAAUUCGUGACAGAUUAAGUUAAAUGACAAAUACAGAAGAAAACAACAGGACAAGCGACUACUGUCGGAUUGUUCCACUACAUCAACCUAAGUCUAGAAUCUGUGAUGGCUACCAACAACCAUGUAUGAUGACAUUAAUCAAUGCAAAGCAUUGCACAAUACAGUGUCUUCA